CAAUGACCAAAACAAGUCAUAAAAAGAAUCGGCCAUUUGAUUUCAAGUUAAUAUCGCUGGUUGAACCUCAUCCUGUGAUAUAUAUGAGACAAAUACCCGGUAUGUCCUCGUUUGAGAUAAUGAAAACAAAAAAUAAAGUCUGGCAAGAAAUUGCCAAUGAAAUGGGUUAUCCAGUUCAAUUCUGUUUAAGUCGAUGGAACAACUUGAGAGGACAAUUUCAGAAGGAAUUAAAACACUGCAAUGAAUUGUGUCCCAAAAGUGGUGUCAUUCGUGGUUCGACAUGGCCAUACCUGGAAAGAAUGCGUUUUCUUGAGUGUACUGUGCAAGCCUAUAAACCAAAAAAGGAAAGAGAGAGAAAACGUAAACCAAAGGAAAUUCCCGAUUUAUUGCAAGAAGCUAACAAUUUUUGGGAAUCGGAUGAAUCUAAUUCAAAAAUGCCUGAAGAUAAUGAAGAAGACAACGAUAUGGGAAGCGAUUUCCACAUUGAAUUACACACAACCGAACAUGAGGGAACACAUCAAUUAGAGGAACAAUUUUCUGAUUCCUUUUCAAUAAUUGAGGAAAUUGCCGAGGAGAUUGUGGGCACAGAAGAUACCAUUGUUGAGGACACUACAGACACUAUUCGUAGAAUAGAAGCACUAUAUAUGGGAUUUGAUGGUGACUCAAGAGAACGGAUUGAAAGAAGAAUAAUGGCUUUUCUAUGUAAAUGUCAAUUGCGAGCUUUAAAUCAUCAAGGCAUAGAAGAUUUAUAUGUGUAGUUAGAAUAAGUAU